CAAACUUCAAAGUGAAACAAAAGCAGAGUCAAUCUGAAAGUACUGAGUUAGUGUCUGAGCCAGGUGUGUCGAAUUAUUUGGUCCUCUUCUCUGACUCACCCAACAGUCUCUGACACACAAAAAAACCUCGAUUCCCAAGACUACCGAAAAAAUUCCCUCAUUCCCCGACAAGAAACAACAUAUGGAUCCUCGAAAAUUGUCAGCUUUACUCUCUUCCCUUGUCUCUCAACUCCUUUUAUUGAUCAUCCUUCUCUUUGAUUCCAACAAAACCGCCGACACUCAUUUCUCCGAUGGCACCAACACCUUUGCCGGCGUUCUUAAUUAUUUGCUCUCAUCGCAACAAAUCGCAGCUUCCCUUUCGUUCGUUUCGGUUUCCCGGAAACGGAAGAGAACCCAUUGUUCAGAAUCCGAUUCCGAGCCCGCCGGUGAACAAACCGACCCCCAACUCGACCGAGUCAGACUCGGGUUGACUCGGGAUCCUGACUCAUUCAAACCCUUCUUCAGGAUGAAAUCCUCCACCUUUGAAUGGCUCGCCGGGUUGCUUGAACCGUUGUUGGAGUGCCGGGACCCGGUUGGUUCCCCGUUGAAUCUAUCCGCCGAGUUACGUCUAGGGAUUGGUUUGUUUAGGUUAGCCACCGGUUCGAGUUACCCCGAAAUCGCUCAACGAUUUGGGGUUCCCGAGUCAGUGACUCGUUUCUGUACCAAACAUCUGUGUCGAGUCCUCUGCACUAAUUUCCGAUUCUGGGUCGCGUUUCCGACUCCCGACGAGCUCAACUCAGUCUCCUCCUCGUUCGAAAGACUCACCGGGUUACCGAAUUGUUGCGGUGCCAUGGAUUGCACGAGAUUCAGCAUUGUGAACGAUAACAAUGGCGGCAUUGAUAGUAUUGCAGCUCAAAUAGUGGUGGAUUCAUCAUCAAAAAUCUUAAGCAUAAUUGCAGGUUUUAAAGGGAACAAAAGAGAUUUUAAAGUACUUGAAUGUUCAACUUUGUAUAAAGAUAUUGAAGAAGGCAGGUUAUUAAACUCAAGCCCUUUGAUCAUCAAUGGAGAAGCUGUGAAUCAAUAUUUUGUUGGUGAUGGUGAUUACCCUUUGCUUCCAUGGUUAAUGGUGCCGUUCCAUGACGGUUUUCCGGGUUCGAGCCGAGCGAGGUUCAACGCGGCGCUUAGUGUAAUGCGUUCAUCGGCGUUGAAAACCAUUGCUAGUUUGAAGAAUUGGGGGAUUUUGAACCGACCGAUACACGAAGAGUUGAAGGCUGCGGUCGCCGUUAUCGGGGCUUGUUCGAUUUUGCAUAAUGUGUUGCUCAUGAGGGAAGAUGAUUCUGCAUUGUGUGAAACCAUGGGAGAUUACUUGGGGCAUACUCAAACCUUCCAUCACCAGCAGCACUAUGAGGAAGAUAGCAUUGAGGCUUCUGCAAUUCGAGAUGCAUUGGCGGAACAAGCUUGUGUUUAGAUCAGUCGAUUUGUGAAAUAUUACCGGAUUUGGACAAUUCGGGGUUCGAUGAAAACAAGCUAGAGAAGCUCAUGUUUCAAGUUGAGUACAACUUGUAGCUUUGAAAACAUGAUCGGGUUCGGAUCGAUUCGAAAUUCAUUGGACGAUUUUUGAAAUAGGUAAAAUACAUAUUCUUUCACUCAUUCGAAACAAAAUAAAUUCAAUAUGGACUAUACAUUCUUUUCCUUCAUGGCUAUUUUUCAGAAUCAUCCAUAGAUUAACCAAAGAACAAUGUAAUAUAUUAUUCUCAUUCUGCCAUUUUUGAUUCAAUUGAAAGCAAAAUCUUUGUUGUUUUUUUCCA